AAGUUAAGUCAGUCGUGUUUUCGAUAUUGCUCGAGUAAAACGUUUGAUGGAAAUAUAAUUAAAAGAAAAAACGAAAUAACCAUACACACGAUCACAAUUUUGUAUUAUUCGUAACAUAAGUUGUGUACAAGAAAAUUAAAGUGAUAUAAACAGUGUUCCGGUCGGUGAAAUCGUGUUCACUCCAGUAUAAGAAAUUUAAUUUAAAAAAAUUAUUUCAAAGAAAAUUUUAUUAAAUUUAUCGAUUAAUUUUCAUUGUUGAUUGGAAAAUUUUUGUGACCUUCUAAGUGAUUGAACCAAAAACAAAAUCAUUUGGAUUACUUUCUUCGUUCAUCGUCAAUUGGCUUUUAAUUAAAUUAAGCAAAGCACCGGAUUAAAUUGGAAAGAAAUACGGAGAAAAAAUCUACCAAAAUUAGAUCUUACAACCACUACUCCCUGCUCACUUAUGUAUUUUAUUAACGAAAACUAUGGCCCAUUAUGAUCAGAAUUGGAUUAUGGGAAAAUUAUUGUUUUUUGUCGUCUGUUGUGUAUUUGUUAACAAUGCAUCUGGAAAUAGCAACGACUCAUUAACAGCAUGUCAACACUUGCGACAAGCUGAGUCGCGACGAGCUAAGUCAUUGGAUGACUUCGGUUCCAGCGCCAAGGUUACCGUGCUGAAGUGCACGCCUCAAGGUGAAUUUGAAAAGAUACAAUGUUCGAACGAAAUCAAUGGCACUGAGUGUUGGUGUGUGGAUGAAUACGGUGUUGAGAUCACUGGCACGAGAAAGACCAACGAAAGUGACGUGAAAUGUGAUAUUGAUCUGUCGUGUCCGGCACAUUCGUGUCGGAUGUAUUGUCCUGGUGGUUUUGCCAGAAGUCCCCGAAGUGGUUGUCCCAUCUGCCAGUGUAGAGAUCCAUGUGAAGGAGUUGUUUGUCCUGGCGGCCUACAAUGCCAACCACAGGAAGUUAACUGUAAAACGGACCCAUGUCCACCAGUUCCUACUUGCAAGAAAGCUAGAUCAUUAAGUGAUUUAUGUCCCGCUGGACAACCAUUAACCAUAACUGAUACCAUACGACCAUUCCUUUGCGGAAAUGAUCCAGGAAAGCCAACAUGUCCACCUUUAUACAAGUGUUUAGUGCAAGCUAAUAACGAUUAUGGUGUAUGUUGUCCUUCGUCCAUUGGAUUCAAAAAGCCAGGCGAAUGUCCUAAGCCCGAUGAUGUACAGUCAUCACCAUCAACAGGACGUCUAUGCGGAGUGCCUUGCUCACAUGACCUGGAAUGUCCUCAAAUGGAGAAAUGUUGUCAGAGUACUGGCUGCGGCACAAAUUGCAGACAGCCAUUCAAUGUGACCACUUGUCAUCAAGCUAGAAUGUUAACAGAGAUACUAUCAGUAAACGAGCGAGAAGGUCGUGGCUACAUUCCCGAGUGUGAGGGACCAUCUGGAAUGUUUUCAGAAAAACAGUGUUCGCGAAAUGGACUGGUUUGUUGGUGUGUUGAUCCACAAACGGGAAACAAAGUAAAAGGGUCCAUGGGUGCUGCUACAAUGGUGCAUUGCGAAGGCAUUAGUAACAUGAUCGUUCGAUCACAAGGUCGAAGUGCUGACAUGACAACCAACUGUGACCAGAAUAUUUGCGCUUCAGUGUGCGAGUACGGUUUUAAGCCAGACCAUAACGGCUGUCCGAGCUGUGAAUGUUCAGAGCCUUGUGAAGGCUUUUUAUGUCCAAUGGGAACUCAUUGUGAGGUUGCUAAAGAUCCUGAGUGUCGUUCGGGAUCGGCGUUAUGUGCAUCAUUGCCAGUCUGCAAGCCAAACUUUGCCUACACAAACCCAUGUGAAAUUGGUGUUCCAUUGACGGAUAAUUCGACUGGAGAAGUGAUGUAUUGUCGUCAAGAAACGAAUGACCCGGAAGGCAGACAGUAUAUGUCACGAUCUUUCUUUGACGAUGAAGACGUUUCUGGCCGUUCCAUGACAAACUUAAUUGUUUGUCCGAACGAAUUUCAGUGCGUCAAACUACAUAAAGAAGCUGAUAAUGUGUGCUGUCCACGAAUACCAUCUGCUCCAGAAGAGACACCUGACUACCAAGAUUUGGAGCGACCUCAGUCCAUGUGCGAAUAUUUACGUGACUUCUCUGAUCGCAUGGAAGGCACUGAAGCUGGCAUGACUUUAGCUUUACCAUCUCCUACAUGCAAAGCUGAUGGAACCUAUGAACCAAUGAUGUGCCAAACCAAAACCAUUAAAGUAUCGCCGUUAGAACGUCGACGCAUUUUGGAGGAGAAAAAUGUGAGACAGAUGAGAAUGCUCCUGCAGAACAGAGAAAAACGAUCUGCUUCAACGGAAUGUCCGUUACUAAAGUGUGUUCCAUGUGAAAAUGGCUUUGAAGUGGAUGACAACGGCUGCCAAACUUGCAAAUGCAAAGCUCCUGCACAAGAGAAUCUACGUUUGUUUAAAGUAGAGGAAAGUUCUGACGAAAAUCGUGGCUUGGAUCUUAAAAGCUUAAUCAAAUACCUUCGACAAAAUAUGUUGGCUCGAUCGGACAACAGCGAAGCGAAUUACAUUUCCGAAAUUUUGAGCCGAAAAUUACUUCAUCAAGUAGUUCAAGAACGCAGCGCUAAAGUUAUCGAUGUGAGAAGUAGCGGAGGAUCUCAGAGCCUCGAUCGAGGUAACACGAAAUCUGACUCCAGAGAGAAGAAACCAUUUACGAACCAAGGACUAGUCGAAGUGGAAGUCGACGAAUGCUGGUGUGUUGAUGGAUUCGGGACAGAAAUUCCACGAUCUCGUGGUCAUAACGUUACGAUGAACUCAUGCCAAGAUUUGCGCAACUCCCUGGAAUGUUUAGACCUGACUUGCAGAAUGGGAUGUGAGUAUGGUUUCGUUCUCGAUCCGGAGACACGGUGUCCGUCAUGUGAAUGCCGAGAUCCGUGCGAUAGCGUCACCUGUGCGGAUGGUGAAGAAUGUCGAUCGGUCGAAGUUACAUGCAUUGAAGAAUAUUGUCCACCCGUUCCAGCUUGCUUGAUGGGCAGUGCCAGUGCAUCGAACGAGGACCCAUCGAGCGCGGAUCUGAGGAAAGGGCAGUGCCCAUUCCUAGUUCCUCCUGGCACAGAAGGAUCAACAAUCGAUUCUUGUGAGUAUGAAUGCCGCUCCGAUUCUCACUGUGAAGGCACUAAACGAUGCUGCUCGAACGGCUGCGGAACGCAAUGUGUUGAGCCACAACUGAAAACUGCCUGCCAGCACUUGAAGACUAUACAAUUACAUCAAGCCUCGGAAUUGGGAGUACCAGCACGGCAGAAAUACAUUGCUCAGUGUGAUGAGAAAGACGGUAGUUGGAAACCGGUUCAAUGUGGCCCGGAGGAUGUUUGUUGGUGCGUCGACCAAUCCGGGAAUGAGUUGAGUGGUACGCGAACACACGGAGAGCAACCAAAUUGCAGCAUAGCACCGAAAACUCAGUGCCCAACAUUGCAAUGCAGUGAAUUCUGUCAAUUUGGUUAUGUGGUUGAUAAGAAGGGCUGUCGUACGUGCGAAUGUCGCAUGCCAUGUAACGAUAUAUCCUGCCCGGCUGAUGAGGAGUGUAAAAUGAUGAAAGUUCAGUGCAUUGACGAGCCAUGUCUAAUGCCAAUUUGUGUUCCUAGUCGUGAGUCGGUUUGUUCGGAAGGAUUCCCGUACAAACUGAACGAUAGGCCAGUCAGUUGUGGUCCACAAAGCGAUGCCGAAAUUUGUCCAUCGACUCACACCUGUCAGCUGGACAUUGAAUCGCGAAAGGGUGUAUGCUGCUCUAAGUCAAGGGAUGUUUGCUUCGAAUCGGUUGAGUCGAACUGUUCGGCGGAAAAUGUGACCGAUACGUAUUCGAGAUGGCGUUUCAGUCCCAAGCUGAAUAAGUGCAUUCCAGUUGCAGUCAACAAGUUAUGCCAAAGCAAAAACUUAUUCCACAGCGAGCAAGCUUGUUCGUCUGUCUGUCCAGUUUUAUCGCAGUGUGAACGUUUGCGGCUACGGAAUUCGUUGGCAGCAAAGAGGUCUGGUCAACAACACCUGUCAUUCCAACCUCGAUGUGAUCCUGACACGGGACUAUGGAGCCCCAUUCAAUGCUUAGGAAAAGCAACUAAACCAAGCGAUGUGAAUGGAAUAAAUCGGGCGUUCAGCAUAGACACGCCGGAAGAUCCAACAAAUACAAUUGGUGUUUGUUGGUGUGCGGACAAAAAGGGAGCCCCUGUCAAGGGAACAUUAACGCGAGGAACCGAACCAAUGUGCAAUCAUCGUCAAGCCAGACGACGUACAGUCGAUGCCGAUGCCAUUCAAGAUCCAGUAAUGGAAGAACUAAUCCGUCAAAUGACUAUAAUGGUUGACGAGGACAAUUUCAUCGAAACUGACCUUACGGUUCAAUCGUCGACAAUCGAUAGACUAUCAACGACAACCGAACAAAUACUCGAAAUAGCAAAUUCAAUCUACGAAGAAACGAAACAAAGCUCUCAGGCUUUAGUCCCCACAAAUACGCGAUGCAAUGCACUGAAAGAGACGGCCUCAUUUACAGUAAAAUGUGAUGAGUUCGGUUCAUUUCAACCCACCCAAUGCAAUAACGCAACUUGUUGGUGUGUCGAUCAGGCUGGCAAUCAAAUCUCGGAAACGACUUUUAGCAUUGGAUCGUCUAAGUGCAUCUUUACGCCCAUUGACGUUGUGGCCGUUGAACUACAUCUGUCAAAUCUGCAGAACAAAGUCUUCCGCAACGUUUACGACAUCCUAAAAGUUGAACUGAAGCACUUGCUGGGCAAUAUGCCCGACAAUCUACGCGUGCACGAGAAUGUCGAUGGUAACAUUCAUCUGCGAUUCGAUUUGACCGACGACAAUAAAAUUGAAACGGCGUUCGCCUUGGAAGAAAUGGUCAAACAGAAUAAUUUGAUUCUGGUCCAUGGUGAAAUGAGACCCGACAUUACCAUGUCUCGCUUCGUUUACAAAAUAUCCAAUUUGCCCAUACCGCAAAAGGCUUCGCUGAUACCGGAGAGCACGUUCCAAACAAUCGUCUUCAUACUGGCAACAACGUCCGCAUUUUUGGUCAGCAUCUUUGUGGUGUUCAUCAUGCUGAAACGGGGCAAAAAUAAGAUGAAAACGUACAACACCAACAAGUCGAUCGGAAUUAACGACAAAUUCUUGGAUUACAGUUCGCCGAUAUUUGUGCUCAGUGCUAAUGAAGAGAAAUAAGAUACCGACAGUUCUAGAUAGACGAUUGACUGGUAUGUGUAACGGAGUGUGCUAAAUUGUAGAAUCAGCAGUUUCUGGUCUCGCCUUUACAAACUGCACAAAAUUGAUGUUGAAAUGCAGAUGUAGAUGUACUUAGGAAUUCGAUGAGUUAAAGGGAAAAAUUGAAAUUGGAAAAUGGUUGAAAUUCUUUGUGUAGGAGUCACUUGUGUAUACUUUACAUGUCACGAAACGAUUUGCCGGCUCCCUUUUUGUAUAUUUUUUUAAAUAAACGGCUGAAGUCCAAUUUAGUCCAGACGCAGGUACAUCAUACUGACCUUCAAAUCCGUAUCAUACUGACCUUCAAAUCCGUUGAAUAAUUUUUAUAUUAAGAGAAAACUAAAUGGUCAUAAGCUUGUGUGUGCGCAGAAGCGAUCGUUGAGGUACAAUUUUAAAAUUUAUUUUCUGCACGAGAAGUAUUAGUAUCAAGCUGCUUCCACAUUCUUAUAAAAACAUUCGCUAAAUGGCUUAGUGUUUGACACAAAAUCUAUUACUUCAAUCGUUUGAACAUGCGUUUUACAGUAUUAUUCAACCAUUUAUGAUAGGCCGUCUCAAUAGGUGAAUUGGGAAAACUCACAGAAACGAAAGCAAAGUGGCUGUUAUCAGUUUCUCAGGUUAAAAAUAAAUCAACCAUAAGACGCUUCGUUUGUCUUUAACUUAUGGAAUUCUGUUAACGUUUCCGCUUUAAUAUUGAUUUGUUUAUAGGUUCUACUGGUUUGAAACACUCCUGUUGUACGACAGUUCGUUUUAUUGUAAAUUGAAUUACGUGUAAAUAAUAUUCAGAUAAGAAAUGUGAAAUGGACAUGCGACGAGCCUUAUCUCUCUCCUUACAUUCUAUAUCAUCAUUCCAAUUUUAUUCUAUUUUCCGAAAUAGUUUUCAAUUUUUUAAUUUAAUUAAAAUAAUAUUCGUUGUCAGCAUGAAUGAAGACGAGUAGCAGUUAAUGAUGCUGAUGACAGUUUUUUUUAUUGCUCGGUGCAACGCACAGUGCUAUGCUUGGUAGAAUAUUGAUUUAAUUGUAAAUAGAAAAUAUUUUAGUUUUUCUUUCGUCAAUUACAAAGAAGACCCGUUGCAUGUUCAUUCUUCCGGAAAAUAGAAACAGACUAAUUUGGAAAAGCUAAAAUUCGGUCAACGUUAGUUUAAGCUUUAAGUCGAGGGGUUUUUUUUAUUUUACUUUUCGGAUUUGUUUCACAGAAAAUUUUGGGUUUUAACGAAAAUCGGACUACUUUUUUGCAUUUUGAGAAUAAUUCUUAUCUGCCUUCUUUCGGGGUUUUAUUUUUUCGUGUGUAUUCUCUUUCUAAAAGUCUAAUGACAUAAUUUAUUAUUAUUUUUCGUUUUUAAAAAUUGAUUAUUUAUUUGUAUGCACUAUUUUUUAAGCCAAACUAUGUGAAAAUGUUGUGAAAAUAAAGUGUGAUAUGUGAAUAUUGAAAA